AUGCCCAAUCAGCACUCUCCAUGUGGUCAGAAACUACUUUAUCGGUACCUUUUUAAAUUUCACUUUCUAAAUUGUUCAGUUGAAUACAAAAUGCAAGUGAAAUAUAUCGCGUUGUUAACGAUAUUCACGUGCUCGCAAGCAAUUUACCCAUAUUUCGAUACGCAAGAUUUUAUAUACAAUGUUCCAAAAGUAUACAGAAUUUCAAUUGUAUUAGAUAAACUAUUAGAUUAUUAUGAGAGAAAGCCUUCUAAAGAUCCCGAGUGGUACAUUGCUUUAGGAAUGGCAAGAGGCCAAUUAGAAUAUACUAUUAAUGAAUUGGACAAAGCGGUUCCUGAAAAACUGAAAGAGAAUUUAAAGAACAUAACGCGAAGAAUAGACCGCGUUCGAAAAAAAAUUGAUAUGGGAGAUUUGGUGUACCGAAGUAAGGAUUACGAAUAUGUAGUGAAAGCAAUUUUUGAAAACAUGGAUGUACUAUCGAGUGUUUUAGAACCGAUCACACUAGGAACAAUGGGUACACAAAAACCAUACAGAUUUACAUUCGAACAAUACCUGCAAGAAGCUCGUACGAAGAUGCCCGGUAGAAAAGCUGCAGACGCUUGCACGAUGCAACUAUUAAUAUCAGCUAUGGAGACACAGACGACACAGUCGGACGGUGUAUGCGAGAUGACGCCUGAAUGUUCAUCGCAGAUAAUCAAAGGUUCUGGACUUGCUUUUCAACAGACGAGUCGCGUCCGUGCGGCAGUUUUAGCUAGUUUAUUUGAUUGCAUGGAAGGACUGGACGUACCGGCUCAUAUUUACAAACUGUGCAUACAAAUUUACAAAGAAACUAAAUCUCUCGAAGUAUGGGAUCAUCCUCCCGGUACAAAGACAUUAUUUAUGCAACAAAUUUUGUAUUGCGCAUCACAAGGCUAUGGUGAGUUUGUGAAGCCACGUUGGAUGAAUAAGAUAAUCGCGUGGCAACAACCAAAAGGAUGUUACGCUGAUGAUCGACAGCCUUUCAUGAGGCUCACCGGUUUCGUUGGCGCAUCGACACCCGCAACUCUUAAUGAUAGAGAAGAAGAAUAUCGAGUGAAGAAAGCGGCUACAUCCGAAGGUGGCGCCUGUAACUCGUUGACGUCAGCAAUGGCGCUUGGUUCAUUAGUGCUGCAUAUAAGAACACUACUUGAGACAGAUCAAGCAUUUCAAUACGACGUGCUUCUUUGAUGUUCACGAUAUAAUCUAAAUUAAAUAUUAUAUAAACUUGAAAAUGAAUCGUUCCUUUUCUUUUGGGUUAUCUUUUUCUUUCCUA